UAAAUGAAUCGCCGUAACUGCGCCUUUUGUUUUUCAUUUCUGUAUUAAUAACUCUCUCUCUCUCUCCACCGCCACCAAUUUCUCUAUCUCCACUCCAUUUCUUCUCACAUAUUAAUGACGCUGAAACCUUAAAAACAUCUCGCUCUGGAUUUGCGUACGCAGCAGCAGCUACGUAUUUGUAUACGUACAUACGGUGUAGUGUAGAGCAGACAUGGCGGCGGGCUACAGAGCGGACGACGACUACGAUUACCUCUUCAAGCUGGUGCUGAUCGGCGACUCCGGUGUCGGUAAAUCCAACUUGCUCUCGAGAUUUACUCGGAAUGAGUUCAGCUUAGAGUCCAAGUCUACUAUAGGCGUGGAAUUCGCCACACGGAGUAUACGCGUCGAUGAUAAGAUUAUCAAAGCUCAGAUUUGGGAUACCGCUGGUCAAGAACGAUACCGCGCAAUAACAAGUGCCUACUAUCGAGGGGCUGUUGGUGCGUUGCUUGUUUACGAUGUUACUCGACACGUCACAUUCGAGAAUGUUGAAAGAUGGUUAAAAGAGCUCCGAGAUCACACGGACCAAAACAUUGUUAUCAUGCUUGUGGGCAACAAGGCAGAUCUACGUCAUCUACGAGCUGUCUCCACUGAGGACGGUGCGGCCUUUGCUGAGACAGAAAAGACCUACUUCAUAGAGACAUCUGCCCUUGAGUCUUUGAAUGUCGAGAAUGCUUUCACAGAAGCACUCACCCAAAUAUACCACGUGGUCAGUCGUAAAGCGCUUGAUAUUGGUGAUGAUCCAGCAGCCUUGCCCAAAGGGGAAACUAUAAAUGUUGGGUCAAAGGAUGAUGUGUCGGCUGUGAAAAAGGUCAGUUGCUGCUCCGUAUGAUCACAAAAUUGGCGCCAACUGGGCAUUAGAUUGGAUUUAAAGGAAUAGUGCCAUCAGUGCGUUCGUUUGUGGUUGCUCUCUCCUCUCGGUGACUGGUGAGGUUGCCAUCAGUUUUUGGAGUUAGCAACGGGUCAAACGAACGUCAGUUCUGUGGUGUUUUACCUGGCUUUCCUACGUUGUAUUGUUUCACUUAAUGACUCUUGAGGAUUUGUAUUGUUUUCACAACUUGCUUUCUGGCUGUUAACCAAAAUUAUUACAAUGUUUUGUUUAGACAUCGUCUGCUCCUUGCAUAAUGUAGUAAGAACUAUGCAAGUCUGUGAUUCUUGGAUUUGCAAUUCAAUUAAA